AAUGCUAAAUUGCUUUGCUUGACAGCUAACAAAUCUAUGGAGGAUCAGUUUUGAUUCUUAUUUGAAGGUGGAACCAGUAUCAAUUCUAUAGUACAGCCACACAAAAUGAGUGACAUUUUGCCUUCUGUCCAUGUGUGUCCAGCUUAGGAGCAUAGCUAUGGUGAGAUAUGAACUAUGCUAUUAAUCCAGUAACUUUCUGGUGAAUGAUGCGCCGUCGGAAUGCCAGUGGUCCAGCGCCUGAACACGCGGCCCAGUACCACCGGCUGACGGCCGUCGGCGACGGCCAGUUCUGCGAUGAGCAGUUUCAGACAGUGCGGAAGCCGAUCCCGUGGAAAAGCAUCUUCCUGGCGUCAUUCUUGUUCGCCGGCGGCACCACACUGCUCGUCAUGGGCAGCUUGCUUGUAUCCGGCUUUUUCGACGAGCGGUACGCCGACCGCACCUGGCCCCUGAUCGUGCUGGGCCUCAUCAUGUUCGUGCCGGGCGCCUAUCACGUGCGUAUGGCAUACCUGGCCUACAUCGGCUACGACGGCUACUCAUUCGAGGACAUUCCCAGCUUCGACUGAGCCGUCCGGUGUAGCCGGCUCCGCUGGCCGGUGGCCGGCUGCCGGAGGGCACGCCACCGCUGGCCGGUGGCCGGCUGCCGGAAGA